AUGCAAAUCAAGUCGAGUAUGUCAAAAUGUGCCGUGUUAGUGUUGUUAAUCCUUUGUCUUAUUACCAAAGGGCAUUGUCAAUCAAAGGUCUUCGAUUUGGAUGAUUAUGGUGCUGUUAAAGGUGGAGAAGUGGACAACAGUAAGGCACUUUUGAAAGCAUGGAAUGAUGCAUGCAAAUGGAAGGAUGGAUCCAAAUUGGUUGUCUCUUCGGGUACAUACUUAGUGGGUUCAGUAUUAUUGACUGGCCCAUGUAAUGGCCCAAUAGAAUUUCAAAACAAAGGCACUUUAAAGGCUCCGUUGGGCCUUAGUGGAGAUUAUUGGAUCGAGUUUCGGUAUAUUGAUGGGCUGGCAGUAAGUGGAGGAGGAUCGUUUAUUGGUGCAGGCCCACCAAAACAAGGUUCUCCAUACCUUCCAACAUUGUUGAGAUUUAGCUUUGUAACAAACUCAAAGGCGCAAAAUAUAAAGCUAAGCAACAGCCAAAGCACCCAUUUCAACUUAUUUGCAUGUAACAACACUAAACUAAACCAAAUAACUGUAUCAUCACCAGAAGAUAGUCCUAACACUGAUGGAAUAAAGAUUGGAGAAUCAAAUGGUAUUAAAAUUUCCGAUUCCACCAUUGCUUCAGGAGAUGAUUGCGUUGCAAUUCUUAGGGGUUCGAAAAACAUAAGUGUUACUGGGGUUAAAUGUGGUCCUGGUCAUGGAAUUAGCAUCGGAAGUAUGGGAGGGUCAUCUGAUGAACGUGUCGAGCGAAUUUUCGUGAAAAAUUGCCAUCUUUUGGGUACUACUAAUGGUUUAAGAAUCAAGACUAAGGCUACUAAUAAUCCUGGCCUUGUUACGAAGGUUCGAUAUGAGAAUGUUUUUAUGACAAAUGUUGAUAACCCUAUCAUAUUUGAUCAGAAUUAUUGUCCUUGGAAAGAUUGUGAAAAGGGUGAUUCAAAAGUUCGAAUAAGAGAUGUGAAGUUCAAGAACAUUCAUGGAACAUCAAGGACGAAUGUUGCAGUGAAUUUUCAUUGCAGUGGGAGUAAUCCAUGCGAUAAAAUCGAGUUAAGGGACAUUAAAAUCAGGUUUCAGAGCAAUGCAGAGAAAACCAUUUCUAAUUGUUCUAAUGCUAGUGGGAAGGCUUAUGGUGUACAAUUGCCUAAAUCUUGCUUGUCAUCAUAA